UUCCGGAGGUACCAUGAACGCAGCACAAGCUGCUUCCUGGUCUUUUCGUGCCUCUGAAUGUUUUCAGCGGCUCUCCGGAGAUUUCAGGAGAAAUGGCGAUCUUACCGAUACCGCUUCGUGCCUUGGGUUGUGUUUAACCUGCCUAAGAAUGAGAAAACCCUGCGACUGGUGGCGGAUCGCUCGGAAGACAAAGUGGUUUCAGAUGAACAGGUCACUGAGAGUCUGCAGAGGCUCUUUAGGGCCCUCCUGAGGAGCAGCGGGGGGCUGCUACCUGGAGACCACAGGGGCCCAACACAUCAGGAGCAGAAGGAAGGAGAAGUUCUGUUUCAGUCUCUGGGAUUCUGUGUUGAGAGGAGGCCCAGUUCUUUACCCUCUGCAGGGACUGGCGUGUUUGUGGUCAAAGGAGUUGUUCCCAAAGGAGCUCCAGUUGUCAUGUAUCCUGGCACAGUGUAUCAGCCCUAUGAGCCCAUCCUCCUUCAGUCCAUCAGGAACCCCUUUGUAUUCAGGUGUAUUGAUGGCGUCCUGGUUGAUGGGAAUGACAAAGGGAUCUCCAGAAUGGUGUUCAGGUCAUGCAGCGGCAGAGACAGAAUGGGUCCCUAUCUGACCAGUGACACCAGUUGGUUGACGGACAGUCCACGUAAUCCACUGGCUGUUGGCCAGUAUGUCAACAACUGCUCCAACCAGAGGCCUGCUAACGUCUGCUACCAGGAAUACGACGUCCCCAAAAGCUUUCCCAUUGAGCUCCGCCAGUUUCUGCCAAACGUCAACUACAGCCACUGUACCCAGAGACCUCUGCGCUGUGUUGUCCUUGUGUCGCUCAGAGACAUACCAGCAGGAGAGGAGCUCUUCUCCAACUACUACACCAUUGUGCGCUGAAAUAUUUAUACUUUCUUUAAAAAUAAAAUAAGCAAUAAAAAAAAA